AUGAUCCAGUUUAUGAUAGCGAUGGAAACAUUUCCACAUAUUGAAGGAAAAAAGAAUUGGAUUGUUGGAAAAAUCAUCUUCAAAAAUUGCUGUAUGAGACAGCGUGUAAAGUACAUAAAUCACAUUGCGUUGAGCAUAAAUCACGGCAAAAGGGAUAGGUCGUCAAGGGGAGCUCAAAUGUCAGCAUUGGUAUUGGAAAAUUUGUAUGGCUGCAUGGCAAAAACACACUUUACAGCCAGGCUAGGCUACGAGAUGAGGUUACAAAGCAUAAAAUCAAAGAGAAGAGAGAAAAAUGUACCCAAAGACUUUACAAUGCCAGUUGUUCUAAAGGCUCGGUUUUUCAUCAUAAAGCAAUUUCCUCGAUUCCUAAUUUUAGGAACUGCUUAUAUUGCGGUGUGGAAAUAUGAUUCCACGAUUGACGCGAAAUGGAAGAUAAAAUUAGAUUAA